AUCGGACACUUCAUUCCUCAAAUCAAGAGAAACCCAUAGUUAAACAUUAAGAGGUAACAUUGCAAGACUGACUCCUUUUAUUACUUGUUGCUCAGGGAAGGGGAGAUGAAUAUCAGCUCCAGGCAACCAUUCUAAUUGCACACUGCACUUAUCUACACUAUCCCACCUCAACUCGUUCAGUGUGCUUUUGUAUGCUGUAUAUGAGGUGGGGAUGAAAUAUAUUUGGACAAACUUCUUUCACGUUUUAGUCCUAGGGUAAGCUAUUUGAUUCAUUUACAGAGCACCAGGAGCAUUUCCAGAUUCAGGCUAGUUUUUUUCUUUUGGCUCGGUAUUUACUAAGUGUAACUGCCGGCUAUUGCGAAGGGAUUUGUGCAGAAACAUGGUGAAGCCUAAUCAAGUGCGUCCCACAGCCUUCGAUAUGAGUGAAGUGGGUCCCAGCCAGGCAGAGGGGCAGUCGAUUGGCCCCCAGGUGCCCAUGGCUUCAGUGGCCAGUACUCUAAGGGCUGCAAAGAAGUGGACAUCAUGUGACUGCAGCCGUAAGAACAGAUCCAACCUUCUCUGUGUCCGGAAACCUCUAACAGGGAAGCCAGCAGAGAGCCCCUACCAGGGCUUGGCAGAGGAUAUUGAUAUCAUUGAUGGCAAGAACAGGACAGAGGCCCUAAAUAAAGAGUUAUUGGAUCAUUUCAGAACGCUUGCUGCAAGCAACAUGGACACUGACCAGGUUGACCUUCAAUUUCUGGAGAGUUUAAUUACUGAUGGUGCUGAUGUCAAUACAGCAGAUAAAUAUGGGCAAACAGCACUGCAUGAGAUCUCCCGGGCAUGGAAUGUCAAUGUCAUGAAAUUCUUCUUGGAGAAGGGAGCAGAUAUUCAUCAUGCUGAUUCAUAUGGAGUAACACCACUGCAUGUAGCAGCUGCACUGGACUAUGAAGAAAUGGUUGAGCUUCUAAUUGAGAGGAAAGCCAGUCUUGGAGCCAGAACCGUCAGAGACCUGCAGACUCCCCUGCACUUUGCUGCCAAGAAUGACGCUGUAGGAGCUCUAAAAAUCCUCCUCAAACAUGGAGCAGACAUCAGCUCCCGCGACUACAAACAGAGGACCCCGCUCCAGCUCGCAGCAAACCUAGAUCGCAGCGAGGCAGCCCGGGCAUUGAUGGAACUGGGGGCUGACGCUGGGGUGCGAGACGAUGAUGGGCAGCUCUGUAUCACAGCCAUGAUUGGCCGGAUGGCUCCUGUGGCUCGUUUGGCACUGAAUCAGUUCCAUGUGAAGGACCGUGUGACUCGACAGCAGUUUUAUUAUCUCAACCUGGUGGAACCACAGGCUCCCAGCAAGACGGGUCAACAUGCCAAGAAAUGCAAGGAGAAUGAACCCACAUCUCCGCUGGAGGUUAUAGUGAAACAGGGGAAGCUAGACCUCAUCAUGCACCCUGUCAUCCUGAAACUUAUUAAAGUGAAGUGGAAUCUUUAUGGGAGACUAGGGGCCUGGAUCCUGCUGCUUCUGAAUUUCCUCUUCAUUUUGUCCUGGACAAUCGUCGCCAUCUCUGUGGCGCUCAUCAGGCCUGAAGAAUUGCCCUAUGCCUUUCCCGGGGACUGGUGGAGGGUGCUGGUGAUUGUGGUGGCCAUUGUGCUCACCGUGUUGGAGGUGUGUCAGGAGCUGGCUGAGAUGGCGCGCUCCCGCGGGAAGAUGAGCCGCUGGCAGGCCUGGUAUCGGGACCGGAUCACUGCAGACAAGCGGUGCUUGCAACCCAUGUGGCCAGAGGAAAGAUAUUUUUUAGAAGAGCAGUUGAAAGCCAUUCUGAAGAUGAGACCUAACUACUUUCAGGAUUUGUGGAACGUGUUUGAUUGGCUGGUGUACUUGCUUCUGAUGGUGGUGUUUGGAAUCCAUGUGGCAGACAUCUUCAUCAACAACGUCAGCCUGCGGGUGAACAGCCUUCGUGUCUUCGCUGUCACCCUUAUCUUCCUCUGGCUGCGUCUGAUGAAGCAUGUCAGGGCUUUCAGGGUUAUGGGACCCUUCAUUGUGAUGCUGGGGAAGAUUGUAGGAGAUGUUUUUCGCUUCCUCUUCCUCUAUGCAGAGUUCUAUGUUCCCUAUGCAUGUGCCUUCUGGAUUAUAUUUGGGGGGACAGCUACAAUCCCUAGCAUGGAGACGGUCCCCAAACUGCUUUAUAGUCUAUACAGGAUAACACUGGUGGAUGACUAUGAGUUUGAAGCGAUGGUCAGUGUCGACCCCAUCAUGGCCUACCUGUUGUGUGGAACCUUCCUGGGACUGUCUGCCAUCUUGUGUGUCAACCUGCUGAUCGCACUGCUAUCUGAAACCUUCCAGAGGGUGUAUGACAAUGCCACUGCCAAUGCAGUGAUGCAGCAGGCCUCCAUCAUCCUGCUGGUGGAAGACUCCAUGCCCUGCCUGAUACGUUUUUAUGACCCUGAUCACAUCCACAAGCACUGCGCCCCCCUUGUAGAGUUCUGCGAUGAUGACAUCACCACCAACAAGGAUGACGAUGCAGAGAUGAAGAAAGUCACAGUGCAGAUUAAGGAAGCGCUGGAUGACUUCCUUGAGAGUAAGAGAGAUGGAUCCAAACCUGAUGAUGAGACUACAAAUACCACUGAGGGAGCACAAAACAUAAGCAAGAUGUCGAGUGUUAUCCAGAUGCAGAGAGAGUGUCUGAGGGUCAUGAAGGAUCUCCAAAUGUCUCAGAGCAAACAGAACACUGCCCUCCUGAGUCUGGAGAAGGAAGUGCAUGAGCUCCAGGUUCUCCUGCAGCUCCUGAUAGCUACACCUGGCUCAUGUGAAAUACUAAGCAAGCAAUCCACGUCAAUCUCCCAAAAUGAGAAGAAAGCAUGGAGGGAGAGUACAGCAGAAACAGCACAAAGGCCUCCAGAAUUCCCUCUGAUGACUGCAGCUAAGAACUUUGAAACUGUGGACAUGAGCUUGCAGAAUGUGACACAGGAAAUAGCUGAACAAAUGCAGGGUGUUUAUAAAGAACAUGCAUUUUAGCACAAAGGCUACUUUGAGUUAGCAUGAUGGGUCUGUAGCCACUGUGCUUUUAUGUGUAUCUACAGAAUUACUUCAAAUAUAUUUCCACAUGAUUUGUAUGUUCUUCUAUUAAUAAGCUGUCAAUCUUUUUUACUUGUGGAAGAAUUGAAUCACCAAGAUCUAUACGUACACUUUUGAACUCUUUUAUGUUUCAUUUUCAUUCAUUGUUUUUAAAUCUUCUGUUUUAAACUGAACUAACUUAAAUGUUUUUUAUAUCACAAUGUGCUCACCUGAAAUGAAAGAAUCUCAUGUUCGGCAAAACAACCAAAGCUACAAUGUAAUAGUUAAAUAGUUUAGUAAUGGAAGAAGCAAGACUGGACACACAGACUUCUCCUUUGGUGUCUUUUUUUUCUUUUCCACUUAAGAGUGAAGACCAUAAGCUUAGUGGCACAUCAGCUUGGAAUGUAUGCCUAUUCCAUUAAGUACAUGACUCUCCCAUAAAUGGAGUGCUGGAUCAUCACUUAUUUCCUGUGAUUUUCCGUGAUGGGAAAUCAAAUGCAUAGAUCUCCGGGUGUUCAAGGACAUGUCUACUAUUCUAUGCCAGCCCUAGUACAAAAGUCAAUUUUUAAUUUCAGAAUUAAACUGCAACAUAAAAAUAACACUGGUACAACUUCCAGAGCACCACUCAGUUAUAAUAUACUGUAUAACAUAACAGCAUAGAAUUAGAUUACUUUAUUUGAAAUAUAGUGCUUAAGAUUAAAAGUUACAUAGAUCAACAUUAAUGGUAAACAUAACCACUUUUACUAUUAUUAGCUGUCAUUCAAAAACUUCACCAAAAUGAAUCUUCUCCUCUCCAGCAUUAAUCUGUUUAUAUAACAUCUUUCAUAAAAUCAUGUCAAGUUGUUUUGUAGUAAAACAAAUGCAUUAACAACAGAGAUGCAAAUGUAGACAUAUUUCUAAAGUUAAAUGAACAGAAAUAAAAGUGGGAAAUUAAAAAUGAGUUUUAAGACAUGAUAUGGCAGAGCUGACUGACUUGCAUGUCCUGAAAUUGGCUGAAAGAUCAUUCCACAGCCGUGAAGCAACAGAAUGGAAAGCAAGGUCUCCCAGUAUUUGGAGUCUUGUUUUAGGGACUGAGAGAAGGCCAGGGUCCAAAAACUGCAAACUAUGUGUGGGUGUCAGCAGAGAUAACUGUUCAAUAAUGCAGUCAGAAGCCAAGCAGUUCAAGAAAAUUAAAAAGAUUCAGA